CACUUCUACAUAACAACACGAAAUAUUACGUCGCCUAUCUGCUCUGUGUCCGAUUGAUGAGCAUGUGCUACAUACUGAUCCCGAAGAAUUAACACAGUUAUCAAAAUAUCUAAGUGUACUCAAGAUACAGAAAAAUACCACCAAGAAGGUAAAUACAAAAAAAAAACAAUCAGUCAAAUUUCCAUCCUCACUCGAACCGGUCUCCGGAAAACGAUCGCGACCAUGAACGUCGGCGGCAGAUCGAGGCUCCUGUUGCUUAGAUUGGAGCAAGUCAGCUCAAGGGCACUAGUGCAAAAUGUUACCAAAGUGAACCGAUACAGUUGUUUAGCGAAUCAGUGGCCCGCCGUAGGCUGUUUUGCCCAGCAAAACCAGAAAAAGUUGCAACUCAUCUUAAAAGUUACUGCCUCCGGUUUACGGUAUUGUUCUGCUGACUGCACAACAAACAAGUUCGAUAAGGCUUGCAUCGAUCCCAGUCUGGUUGCCACGUACGAAGAGAUAGUCGAUUUACCGAAUCACCCCGAGAAGCUGCUGAUUGAUGUUCGCGAACCCGCGGAACUUGCCAGCACCGGAGUCAUUCCGACCAGCAUCAAUAUUCCCCUUAAAACCGUAACCGAAGAGUUGCAGCUGAGUCCGGAAGCAUUCAAAGCUAAAUACGGCCGGAAGAAGCCGACCGCUAGCGAUCCGGUGAUAUUCUCUUGUCGCUUGGGAGUGCGAGCUGGUGACGCAGCAAAUCAAGCUGAUAAGUUGGGAUUCAAAAAUGUUAAAAAUUAUGUCGGAUCCUGGACGGAGUAUGCCGAAAAGAACAAUCUGCCAUCUCAGUAGGAGUGUUAGUGUGUUUUAGUAAUAGAAUAAAUCUAUGUUUGAAGCUCUAUGUUUGUAUUCAAUCAAAUGUAGCAAUUGAAUCGAACGUUUGCUACAAACAUUGCAUUUUACCAGUGUCAGGAUUUGUCAUAUGAUUUUGCAAUAAAUAAAAGAAUGCAAAUGAAAACCUA